AUGGCUGACACGGAAUAUGCGCCUAGUGGGACUCUUGAAACCAAGAUCCAAAAGCAUCGCAAUGGACUUCUAACUCCAACGGUAUGUAGCUUUACUCAGAUGAUUCUCCUUGGACUUAGAUCACUUCAUGAGGCUGGGUAUGUUCACGGACAUCUCCACUCCGAAAAUGUGCUUCUUUUCCUCCGUGAAGGACACGAUUUAGAAGAAACUAAAAUUUUUGAUGUUGGAAUUGUGAAAAGAAUUGGUGAUGACUUGCAUAACCGGCAACUUCUUGUUGCCAGCAAUAGAGGAUAA